UAGAGCAUAUAUGUGUGUACUUAAAGCCUGGUCUCUAGGCUCAGAGGGAGGGACACUGGCAAGCAGCUGAGUGGCAGCCCUGAGGCGGAGUGAGGGUUGUGCUUGGGCAGAUGAGGCAAGUGCCUGCUCCAGCUGGCAGUGAGUGAGUGGGGUUUUGUGGGGGUAGGGGUAGGGCCAGGGCCGCGGCUGCUACUGUUGCUCAGGUAGCUGCUUCCUCAACUGGGGAGGCGGAAGAUAAACACAGACACACAUACACACGGAGCGAUGUAGGAGAGACCCCGGGAGUCUGGGGCACACGGACAGGAGCCUUCAACACGAUGAUGUAUUGUGCAAUGAGCUCUGAGACGAUGUCAACGCGACCCUAUAACUGACAGCUUGAUUCCACUGGAAUCUCCCCAUUUGUCACUGCCACAAUGCCUGUACAGGCUCCGCAAUGGACAGACUUCCUCUCCUGCCCAAUCUGCUGCCAGACGUUUGAUGAGAACAUACGCAAGCCCAUCAGCUUAGGCUGUGGUCACACAGUCUGCAAGAUGUGUCUCAACAAACUUCAUCGCAAAGCCUGUCCUUUUGAUCAAACCACUAUCAACACAGAUAUAGACAUGUUACCUGUGAACUCUGCACUGUUACAACUGGUGGGAGCCCAGAUUCCAGAGCCGCAGUCUGUCACCUUGUGUACAGGAGCAGAAAAUACCAAACACUACGAAGAGGCAAAAAAAUGUGUGGAGGAGUUGGCACUGUACCUCAAACCACUCAGCAGUACCAGAGGUGUGGUGCUCAGCAGCGCUGCACAGAGCGUGCUGAGCAGGCCCAUGCAGAGGAAGCUGGUUACACUGGUUCACUGUCAGCUGGUGGAAGAGGAAGGCCGGAUUCGGGCAAUGAGAGCUGCUCGCUCACUGGGGGAGCGGACAGUCACUGAACUCAUCCUUCAGCAUCAAAACCCACAGCAACUCUCAUCCAAUCUCUGGGCAGCUGUCCGAGCCAGGGGCUGCCAGUUUCUUGGACCAGCUAUGCAGGAAGAAGCCCUCAAACUGGUCCUGCUUGCACUGGAAGAUGGCUCCGCACUCUCUAGAAAAGUCUUGGUGUUAUUUGUCGUCCAGAGGUUGGAGCCUCGAUUUCCUCAAGCCUCAAAGACCAGUAUUGGGCAUGUGGUGCAGUUGCUGUACAGAGCCUCCUGUUUCAAAGUCACGAAGCGAGAUGAAGAUUCCUCUCUGAUGCAACUGAAAGAGGAGUUUCGGACAUAUGAAGCACUACGGCGGGAGCAUGACUCUCAGAUUGUGCAGAUUGCCAUGGAAGCUGGCCUUCGCAUUGCUCCUGACCAGUGGUCCUCUCUCCUUUACGGAGACCUGUCACACAAAUCUCACAUGCAGUCCAUCAUUGACAAGUUGCAGACACCUGCCUCCUUCGCACAGAGUGUUCAGGAGCUGACAAUUGCCCUUCAACGAACUGGAGACCCUGCCAAUCUAAACCGCCUUCGUCCGCACCUCGAGUUACUGGCCAACAUCGACCCCAGUCCAGAUGCCCCUCCUCCAACAUGGGAGCAGCUGGAAUGUGGCCUGGUGGCGGUAAAGACAGUAGUGCAUGGCCUGGUGGACUUUAUACAGAACCACAGCAAGAAAGGCACUGACCAGCAGCAGUCAGCUCAAAGCAGCAAAUACAAAACAAGCAUGUGCCGGGACCUGAGGCAGCGGGGAGGCUGUCCGCGAGGAGCCAGUUGCACCUUCGCCCAUUCUCAGGACGAACUUGAAAAGUAA